AUGGCUACCAAGUCCAGUUCCGUGGUUACAUUCACUGUGAUGCUCAUGCUCAUGGUGGCUUCUUCCACAGCUCGACCUCUCAUGAAACCAACAUCCGUGGCUAGUGCACCAUCUUCUCCUUCCACAAGCCUUUUGUACCGUCUCAGGCUCGAUGAAGAAACAGGUUACUGCUGGGACUCACUGAUGCAGCUCCAACACUGCUCUGGAGAGCUCAUACUCUUCUUCCUCAACGGUGAGACUUACGUUGGUCCAGGGUGUUGCAGUGCUAUAAGAACCGUUGGACGCAAGUGUUGGCCUACUAUGAUUGGUGUUCUUGGCUUCACUGCUCAAGAAGGUGACAUGCUCCAAGGCUACUGUGAUGAACAUGAUGGUGAUCAACAACAUUCUCUUGCCUCCUCACCACUUCCUCUUUCCGUCAAAUUCAAGCCUACUACUACUGUUGUUAGAUCUUCUUCUAACCCUUGA